AUGGGUUUUAACAUGGCUGCAGCGGAAGGCCAGAAUCGAGUGGAAUGGAAGCGAUGUCAGAUCAAUGUAUUCCAUCAAUCAUCGGAGCCCGUACAAAAUUAUAAGGAACAAUUGAUAAUGCAACGAAAUCACAACUUUUUUAGGCUAGUCGACAAGAGAUCUCGUCGUGAUCUGAAUAUGGCAACGCCCGGGAUGAGGUGA